AUGGCGACCCGUGUUCUCUGCUUGCUCCUGGCGCUGAUCCGGUCGCCCUCGCCCUCGCACUCACAGAGCUUCUCGCUCCCUUUCGAGUCGGCGGAGAACUGCACCAAGAAGCAAUGGUUCGAUAUCUCGCAAAUGAUCUGCGUGCCGUGUGGCCCCCACCAGCAUGCCAGCGACGAUGGUAUGUCAUGUCUAUGCCUACCUGGUUACCAAUUAAUCCCAAACAAAGGCAAAUAUUCCAUCAGUUGUAAAAAAUGUCCUAAAUUACAUCCAGAGCCAAAAUCGAUCGGGACCGUGCGAACCCCAUACGUACGGAUGGGGCUGCAAUACGCCACGGUGAGGACGGGCCUCCGCCUACCGGGACGAAUGUCCGCCAGUGAAGGGGGUAUCCACGAGGAAGCGACUCCCGGAGAGCCGAUCCCAGGUGAAGAGGUGGUGAAUCUGGCCGGCUGCCGCGGGAACUAUUGUGCGGUACCCGCCACGGCCGCUGGGGGGCGAUCGCACAUGCCUUCGGGGCGCAGCUGUCACACACUCCACAGCUCCCCCGCUCAACCGGCGGAAAUCGGGCGUUGCCGAAGUGACAGCCAGCGCGCUGACAACAUCCCAGCGCGCCAUCCACAGCGCGUCAACGCGCCUGCCGAGGGCUCGGGUUUCGGCGAACGAGGCUUCGGUGAGCUGCAUGCGAAUGUCGGCCAGCAGCAGUUGCAGGAGCUCCUUAAAGCAGAGGUAUUUCUCGGCGGCCGGGGGCACUUCGAGAAACUGAGUGACCUCUCCGGCCGUGUCCUGGUCGACGGCCCCCACCAGGUAGAAGUAGCAGGUGUUGUCAGCCGUAAUGCCCCACAGCUGGAAUUGGGCCUCCGCCUGCUGAAACCAGAUGCGAGGCCGGGUGGUCCAGAAAUACGGGCCGGAGAGUCGCGCCUUCAGCGCUGCCUUGAGGUGCCGGUGGCACCUCUCCACCAGGCCGUUUGCCUGCGGGUGAUAGGCCGUGGUGUGGUGCAGCCGCACACCAAACAGGUGAGCCAUGGCCGACCACAGCUCAGAGGUGAACUGUGGCCCCCAGUCCGAGGAGAUGUCCACCGGCACUCCAAAGCGAGCAAUCCAGUGCGCGGACAACGCACGAGCGCACAUAGCUGUCGAAGUAUCGGCCAGCGGUAUGGCCUUCAGCCACCGCGUGAAGCGGUCCACCAUCAUGAGGAGGUGGGUGAUGCCCUGGGACGGCGGGAGAGGCUCCACAAUGUCCACGUGGAGCCACAAGUGCCGUCGUCGCCCGGAUGGAUGGGUGAGCCAGCCCGUGGAUCACGUCGAAUACCCUCAGGCGGCAGCGACGAUGGGGCGCAGCUGACCGGACGACACAUUGCACAGUAUUGUUGCUCCUCCAGGGCCGAGAGGGACAUUCUCAAGGCGAAAGCUGGAGAUGGCAGUCCAGAGCAGAAGGGACAGCAGCAGGGACAUCGGUUGGAAAGCCGGGCGGUGAAGGGACAGGAGCAGGAGGAGAACCGCGGGGGGAGACGGGUACGCUGGCAGGCGAGGCAGGGGAAAGAGGCUGUGGAGCUCGUCACGCAGCUUAGCGUUCAGGAGACCAUUGACCAGGACAUCCCUGAUCAAUUCCUCCGUGGAGAUUGUUUCAAGGCGGCAGCGCCGAGCCAAAUGACGCAAAGAGGCAAUAUAAGCGUCGAUAUGCUCGCCGGGAAGCUGCCGCCUCUGGAAGAAUUUAAAACGUUCGAUAAUGUUAUUGGAUGUCUGGGAAAGCGGCCAAGACCCGAGCAAAACGAAUCCACGGACGACAGGGGGCGUGCAAUCGGCUUACUCAGACGCAGCGCGAUUGACUCCAUCGUGGUGGCUUGGACCAAGCACCGCCGUCGGACGUCCACCAGGAGGGACCGCGGGGGGCGAUCGCACAGGCCUCCGGGGCGCAGCUGUCCCUCCUUCCACAGCUCCCCCGCCCAACCGGACGAAAUCGGGCGUUGCCGGAGUGACGGCCAGCGCGCUGACAUCAUCCCAGCGCGCCAUCCACAACACGUCUGCACGCCUGUUGAGGAACUGAGUGACCUCUCCGGCCAUGUCCUGGUCAACGGCCCCCACCAGGUAGAAGUAGCGGGUGUUGUCAGCCGUAAUGCCCCGCAGCUGGAAUUGGGCCUCCGCCUGCUGAAACCAGAUGCGAGACCGGGCGGUCCAGAAACUGACAUAAGAAUAUUUCCAUUAAGGAGGACUGGAGGAUUGUGUUUUCAUCAUCGUCCUAAGGACUUGACCUCCUCGGUGACCACAGAUAUUGUUUAUGGGCAAGGUUUAAAAGUUUCAUCGGCUUGGUUUGCCACUCAUUUGAAAGCCUCAGCUAUUGCAUGCUUGAGAUUUGCAAAUCUUACUGCCUGUCAGGCAGUGGGGAAUAUGUGUGUCAUGAUCAUGAAUUCAAUAGACAUGGUAACAACUCCUAAUGAUGCUUGUACCCUUUAUGACACUAUAUUUAAGAAGACAGUAAGCUUAGGAAAUACCCAUUCAAUACCUUCUUGUACAGUUAGUAGGACAAAUCUCCACAGAUGUGUAAGAAGGAACUGCAGAUGCUGGUAUAAACCUAGACAUAGAUAUGUUUAUGGAUGUCAAGUUAAAAUUAAAAAGAAAAAUUCAACUGUGGAACCAGUGCUCUUUCCUUAUUCUCACAAUCUAAUGUAUCUUAUUAUUCAAGUCAACUUUGUUGAUAAUUUACUUCCUUUCAGGCGAAUAAAUCUGCCCUGGUUAUACUUUGAUACUCAGUAUGGUUUUGGAAAUAGACUUAUUGAUCAAGAACCGUUUCAAACAAUCUUUCAUUUUAAGUCCUCAAAACAUAUGGAAUUACAGUUUAUUCUUGCCAAAUAUGAUGCUCAAGGUUUUUUUCUUCAGUGGGAAAAAGCAACUGGAGGUACUUUGCAGUUGUGCCCAGAUACCUUGCCUCGGCUGAAUAUAGCUUAUAUCUUCGGAGUCACGUAUCAACAAAGUUGUACACUUUCUGUUUCCAAGCUUUUAUCUAAAUAUGACAAAAAUCACUUUUAUGACAUUUACAUACUUUACAAAGGAGAAGAUGGUGAGGAUAAGUUAAGAGCUGUUGCCAUACGUAAUUUAAAUCUUCAAUACAAUGGAAAAUUCGUAAACCGAGAUAAAAUGAUGAAUACUUGGUAUUUAACCAGGCGUAUUUUCUUGGUGGAUACUCUCAGUGGCCGUGAAAUGAACCUGGAUAGCCAGCCAAAAGCAAUUAGAGUUGCUAGCCACAUAAAAAUCAGCGUGAUACUUGUGCCCAAUACUUUGCAAGGAAAGAUCAUUCCUCCUAUGAUGACUAUCUCUUACACAGAUAUUCAGAUCCAAAAUCCAGAUCAACAAACUGUUUCAGUAUCUUUCUCAGUUGAAUAUCAAAUGGACUUGAUUACAGCAUUUCAAAAUACAAAGAUUGCACUGGGUUUCCUGUCAGGCUUAUCAGCUAUCUAUUCAAUGAUAAAGACAGCCACUUGGAAAAAACGCGUUGGAUCUGCAAUGAUUGAUAUUCCAACUGUCUUGAAGUUCUUGCUGUUUUAUGCUGGAGACCUGGCAAACACCUUCUUUAUUGUGACAUUUGGAACAGGCAUUUACUGGCUUAUAUUCUUUAAGGGUCAGCGGGUUCUUUCUGUUGUUCUGCCCACACCGAACCAGGAGAUCCACUUUAUUUCUUCUGUGGCCAGUGCAUUUACACUGAAGUUUAUUCAGCUGUUGCACAAACUAGGAAACCAGCUCACUGUAGAUAUCUUUUUCAUUGACUGGGAGAGACCCAAAGGCAAGAUCGUCAAAUCUAUUGCAGGUGGAGGUGAUAUAAAGACUGCACCAGCUCCUGUGAGCAUCUGGAGAACGUACUUUGUUGCAAAUGAAUGGAAUAAUAUUCAGACCAUCAGGAAAAUUAAUCCUAUUUGUCAACUUCUUACUGUUAUUUUUUUUUUGGAAAUUGCUGGCUUUGCAAAUUUGGCAACAAUGGAUCCUUAUUCAAAAUUGACCAGCAGUGCUGAAAGCAGUGCUAUACCACCCAGCCGUAUUCUGAGAUUUGGUGUUGCAACAACUAUCUGGCUAUUAGUUGGUUUUAUGCAGAUAAUUUUCUGUACAAGUAUUUACGAACGAUUUGUGGAAGACAGAAUAAGUCAGUUUAUUGAUGUUUGCUCAGUUAGUAAUAUCUCUGUUAUCAUUUUCUCACACAAAUGCUUUGGAUAUUACAUCCAUGGGAGGUCUGUGCAUGGUCACUCUGACACUAACAUGGAGGAAAUGAACCUGAAUCUAAAGAGAGAGGCGGAAAACCUAUGUGGUCAAAGAGGCUUGGUUCCCAACACAGAAACUGAGACAUUUCAGAUAUUCAUCACAAGCAAACUCAGAGAGCAAUAUGACAAGAUUCGAGAGCCGCUAAAUUGGAUCAGAUCACCUGGCCACCUGGUGAAUAAUGCGGAGGAUGCUGUUGAACAAAGAAUGAAGGCCUAUAAUACCACAAAUAGAUUUCUUGGAUCAUUCAUUGAUCAUGCUCUUCGUGACAUGGAUUACAUUGUGCAAGAUAAACUGUUAUUGGAAAGAAUAAUAGGGAUGGAGCUGCAUGAACCAAUAGACAAGACGAUUUUUUAUAAUGAUGAAAAGCUUUCAUUCACUGACAUCCUAUACUAUGGCAAUGAAGAAACACUUCUAAUUUUUGAUAUGCUGUUCUUCUGUAUAGUGGAUCUUGCUACCCAAAAUUUUUUUUUUGCUUCCUUUCUAACUUACAUACAACAAAAGAUUUUUCAGUUCAUUCGUAAUGCAGCCGGACGUAAGAACCUGGCUGCAAAAACACUAAUCGAUGAAAGAUUCCUCCUCUGAUAUGCACAGAAAUUGAGGAGCCAAUUGGGAGGACGCCUGUCAACUGCAGCUCGAGAAUUAAAAACAGCUCUCUCUUGGACAGUUCCAUAUAUUUCUCAUUAAGUAAAAAAUAAUAAUAUUGUUUGCAUUAGUUGUGAAUAGAAACUUGCAGUAGCGAUAUUGCAUCACAACAACAUACAGCUGUAUAUACCAAUUUGGCAUGUGUUCACUCGAGAGUCUUUACUUAAUUACAGAUUUUUUCCUGUUCCUUUACCUUUACAUAAAUCCCAUCCUCUGCAAAAUUGAUGGGUGCGUGAUUUCUGUGGAUGUUAUUUUAUACCUAAGCAAUGGUAGAUACUUUAAGGUUUUUUUUUGUGGUGAUUUAUCAUCCCAUGGAAUAUGCGUAGUUUCUGCUCUUUAAGGUUUGUAAAGCACAUUAGAGCACAGUUACAAAUGUGUGAAUCAAAUUUAUCAUUUAAAUCUGGAGGGCGAUAUUUGAAAAUGUUUUUAAUUUUGCCUGUAAACGUAUCUUAUUUAUAUAUUUAAUAAA